AUGACGGGUAGCGCUUCGGCUCGCCAAGCUGCUGCCGGAGACGAGGAGCCUUUGUUGGCCUCCAACAAAGAAAAGAAUCGAGCAGAGAAGCCAGCCCAGGCUGCAGAAAUGGUGGGCUUGAUUUUUCUUUUGACGCCGGCCUGGCUGGGCUUGGCGGCCUGGGCCUGUCAGGGCGAGCGCUGCCAGGCAGAACAAGAACCCGAAGUUUCCGAGUUGAUGCAGCACUCCUUGCAGGAUGCCCGGUGGCACCGGCACAGGUAUUAUGGCUACAGCCAUUACAACUCCUACUCCCACGGUGGCAAGAAGAAACCCAACAUUCUCAUCGUCAUCAUCGACGACAUGGGCUUCAAUCAGGUUGGCUUCCGUGCCAAUGCCUCAGGGAAUCCGGACGUCUUCACGCCCAACAUGGAUCAGUUGGCGGGAGAAGGGAUCAUCAUGGAUCGUUUUUACGCCACGCCUUGGUGCGCUCCAAGCCGUGGUGCCCUGCAGACAGGCCGUCUGGACGCCCUAAACCCUCAUGUUGCAAACAACGUGUGGAACUGGCAGCCCAAUGCCAGCUUCAAGGAUGUGAGGGGAGAGGAAAAGUUCACGCCUUUUGUGGGAGGUGUGCAGCCGAACACUCUGACCCUGGGCAACCGCCUCCGAGAGAUGGGCUACCGGACCCACUUGAAUGGCAAGUGGGGGAUCGGCGGGGGUGCCUACCUGAACACGCCGAUGGGCAUGGGCUACGACACUUUCAUGGGUUGGUACGGCGACAGUAUGGAGAGCUGCGACGGCACGGAGCCAGCCUUCGCAGCCGGGGGUGCUGGCCCACCAACCUUAAAUGCCCUGCACGGCUUCUGGCGGCAGGAUGGCAUGGUAGAUCAGAAUUCCUCCUGGUGCCCACUUCUCAUUGCCGAGGCAGAAGCUGGCAACAUGAGUACGGAGGAGCUCUUCGUGGGUUGCAAGAGCUUCAAGGAGGAGCUGGACGACGUGGCCGACGAGAAGAUCAGGCGCCGCUCACGACAGAUCAUCAGCGAGCAUGAUUACGAAGCGGAACCCCUCUUCCUAGUUCAUGCCCUGCAGCUUCUACACCUGCCUAUUCAGUAUCCGCGUCGCUUUGCGCCGAACAUUACUGGCGCGAGCGCUCCUUUGAAUGAAGACCUGCGAGCAGCCACCUACGGCGCCCUCACCUAUGUGGACUGGGUGAUAGGAGAUUUUGUCAAAGCAUUCAAGGAGCAGGAGCAGUAUGACAACACAAUCAUCUUUGUCACGUCUGACAAUGGUGGUGCCAUCUAUGCAGGGUCGGCCAACAACAACUACCCCCUGCGUGGGGGGAAGUUCAACAACUUUGACGGCGGCCAGCGUGUGAACGCCUUCUUCACAGGAGGCUGGGUAGGCCUCGCCCUGAAGAAGUACCGGAUGAAGCCCUUUACAAGCAAAACCGUGAUGGCCAUCAAUGAUCUGUCAGAGACCUUGCUUGAGAUGAUUACGGAAAAGCAAUAUCCAGAGGGAGGUAUGCGGAACGAACGCAGCCCUCUCACUGGAGUCCCGAUGUGGAAGGCCAUCGUGUACAAGACGCAGGUCCCGAGGAGGAUUUCGUAUUCAGAUUCCAUGCAGCUGCGUGUCGGCCAGCACAUUUCAGAGUUCAGGAAGAUCUGGUUCACGGAAAACAGAACCAUCAUCUUGGACGGGAACUGGACUGCCAACUUCCCGAACAACUCGCAGUUCAUCCCAGACUUGGGCUACAAGUGGGUGCGACCCUGCAGCACGCCCUACUGCCACUUUGACCUUGCUUCCGACCCCUCUGAGCAAGUCAACCUCCUCUUGACCACGCAGCAGGAGGACAAACUGCGGAAGGAAGUCCGUGAUGAUUGGAACUUGUUUGUCAUUGACACCUCACGUGUCACAAGCCUAGGCAGUGACACCGGAUAUCCAGAACAGGUGUCACUCUGGACUCACAUGGGUGCUUCUGGGCCGUUCCUGAACGCAGCAGCAAAACCUUCCAUACCUCCGGCCGCCCAGUGCUGGUGCCGAUGGAUUGAGGAUGACCUGGCAGUCGAAAAUGUGACACAUGUGGUUUUCAAUUUGUACAUCGGCCCCAGGUGUACAGACCGUCGAAGUGAGUUCCUCCAAGGUUCUCUGCGUUGUGAGCUACCGCUGCACCUAACACAGGCCCCCAUUCCGCUGCGAUUCGCGAAGGACAUGUGGCAGACCAUCGGCUUUGAGACGGAAGAUUUUGAAACGAUCAUCCUGAAAGCAGAGUGGGAUUUUGGUCUCUCCACAUUCCCGUUGCCUCUGUUAUCGGUGGACUGGAACCCAGCUGUGAUUGAAGGCCUGCGGAACAUGAACAAUCGGACUGGCUUUACCAACUAUGCCAACAUCGAGAAGUAUCCGUUCAACCUGGUCUACACCGACAGCUGUCCGAAGUUCGACAUCUUCACAGCCCCCACGCCCGUUACCCAGGUGACAGAUUGGCUGGUGACUGCAGGGAUCUUCAACAAUCCAACAGCAGGAGCGGGAAACUCAUCGGGCGAAAAGAACGUGACAGGGUGCUUCCCAGUCUCCAGAAACGAGUCGGUUUGUCCGAGCUUGGACAACAGCCCGCCAACUGUGGACGGCUACAUGGUGCCGAAGUACAGCACUGAGGAGUGCCACGCGUACUGUGUGUUGUGGAACCCCGAGGUGGACGUGUGA